GAAUUUUCCAACUUUAAAGAAUACACACUGGGCAUAUUGAAACUUCUGGGCAGCCAAAUAAAUUCUCUCAGUCGUUCUCAAGACAUAUUGGAAAUGAGGCACAGAAGAAAGUAUUUACUUUUCAAAGGCGUGCCGGAGGACUCCAGUGAAAACACAUCUACUUCUAUCACCAGUAUUAUCACAGACCAACUGAAGAUCCCCGAUGUCACAGCCGCUUCUCUUAGGGCCUGCCACAGGCUGGGCAAGCUGUCUGAUGGCCGAGCAAGACCAAUUCUUGUGCGCUUUGAAGACCUGAGUCUGAAAUCCCUUAUUUGGCAGAAAAAGACGGCUCUCAAAGGAACUUCUUUUGCCUUAUCCGAGUUCCUUACUCCACAUCGGCAAGAGCUGUUUAGUCAAGCACGAAGAGCUUUCGGCAUGAAGUGCUGCUGGUCGCUCGAAGGGAAUAUUUUUGUUAGGUUGUCCACGGGGGUGCGUGAACGCAUCGAGUCGGACGAAGAUAUUCAGCGUCUCAGAGAACAUCACAUCGUACGGCAACCACAAAUUACAUCGACCCCCGAUGCUGAGGCAGCCGAGGAGCAGAGUAAACCCGUCGCCGCUGACUCCGGCAACGGCAGUAACGCUGGCCGGUCUCGUCGUGAAAAGCCGAUAGCCUAGGCCAGUAGUGUUGUUUUACGACACAAUCGAGAUUUAGCGCAAUGUUUAGUUAGUUAUAUACGGCAAGUCUCAUGUAGUUUAUCUUAUGCAGCCGUCGUUGUUUACAAUGUAUAAAUUCACUUUUUCAGUUUUGCAGGUAACUUAAAAUUUUUGUUCAUAC